AUGGUUCCAUUUGGGAUUGAGAACAUCCAUCGCAGCCCUAGCUUGCAGGUUGGGAACAUGGAACCACGCCGGCUUCCCGGGCCGCCGGAUCUAGAUCUCCCCUCAACAUCGAAGGAAACGGAAACGGCCGCAGCGUCGGCCGCAGGAACAUCGACCGGGACAGCAUCGGCAGAACCCUGGAGCAAGGCAUCUUCGACUGGCGUGGAAACGAUCCUGAACGUGCCACCAAAGGAUUUGCCUCCUUCCUGGCUACCCCAAUACAACUCAGGAGACCAACGAAGCGGAUCCUUCGUACUGCACGACUUCGACACCAGAAAGGAAAUGAACAAACCGAAGUUUACAAGCUGGCUCCGAAUGCAGCUCGUGGCCGUGCAUCCUGACGUGUUGGCUCACAACACUUCGGCCAGCGUAAUGACGGCAAAGCAGUUGAGUGCAUUUAUCUACAUGUCCAAUCACUUCCAGCGCUUGACUGCCAAAGCGCAGCCAAGAGCAGAGGGUCUCGGCUCGCUAGCCAGGCCAAGCCGCAGUCAACACGACAUCAUUGGUUGCUGCAGCCGCAACACCAACAUGGACCUGGCGCCCUGCGCGUUUGGCGUGUGGAACACCGCCGCCGCCAUGCACUCCGCUCGGCGGGCACUGUCCCCGAACAGCGAUGAACUACGGCGAAGCGUCGACAAUGCGUGGCAGGACCUUCACGCGGUUGUGCUGGCCGCCUACCGAGUUCUUCGCGUCGGUCCUGCUGUCUCGCUACAAACAUUAGCAUUCUCCGCCGACGUGCUCAGCACGCUUUUGCACACUCCCGAAGAUCAAUUGCAAGUCGGCGACGAGCGCAUCCUGGACGUGGAAGAAUGCAUCCGCCGUGCCGACCUGGAAGCGGCGGUGUCCCUCGGCAGAAACUUGCCUUUCGACGUAAAAGCCACAAUGGCCUGGGGGUCAUUGAAAGAUGCCACUUCGCGUCUGUUGCUUCUGGCUCUUCCUCGUUGUCUCACACUGCUUAGAUACAUCUGCGAGAAGACGCAGAACCCGACCGUUCUGGAUUUUUGUUACGACCUCUCCGUUCUUCUGGACGAUCUCUUGCUUCUCGUUCAAGGACUCUUCCAGCGACAGAAGAUGGUGGGCCGAACGUCCUCGCCGAUCGCCAACGAGUGA